AUGGAGUUUUCCUUUCACAGCAAUAUAGAUCUAGUAGACAUGGAGGAUCCAGCCAAAUGGCCACUUGUUCAUCAACUUUCCUGGUAUUCGCCUGCAACUUGCAAUCUGGCUGCAGUUCCUGAAGAACUCAGAGUAACAGUGGAGACAAUAAGAAAGGAUAUUAAGGAAGUGUUGAACACAUCCUUGGUUGACUCUCUAGCGACUUUCAAAUCUUCCUCUGCCAGCCCUGAUAUUCUGCGUAUCCUUUUUGCUUUGAAAUGUGUUGAUAUAGUGGGAAGAGUACUGAAUGGGAAGAAUGGGCUUUUGACUCAACAUAGUGGGCUUUUAUCUGGUUCAAUGCAGGCCAGUUAUAUUCCACCACCAACAGUAAAAGGACUUAAAGAGCUUUAUACAUGGAAGGUCAUGCUACAACGGGCAUUCCGACAUCUUAAACAGCUUCAAAUUGAUUCUGAAGCAGAACAGAUUCCACAAUUGCAUGCUAGCCACCAAACAGAAGUAAACGUUAUUCAGACUCAGGUGGACAACAUUGCAGAGAUGUUGAGCUCAGUGAGAGAGAGUCACAAACUUCUAGCAAGGGAGCAGGCUCUUCACAACUUCACUAGCACAGCAUUGUUUUUGCGUUUUAUCUUCUUGGGGCUAGAUGACAUCCCUUCAUCACAGACUGAAUUUAAAAGUGCAUUGGCCAAAAUACAAUUUAAUGUUAAUCUCUAUACAGACAAGAUCUGGCAAUCAUUGGGAAACUACAGGCCUCCAGCUCUCCAAGCUAUAGAAGAUAGACUAUGGGAGGAACUGAUAGAUGUGGUGAAGGGCCUCAAGACUUCGUAUGAAGCAUUGAGUUCCUUCUUCCAAUUCUACAACGAAUACACUUUCCUUGAUGAAGAUAGUCUGAAGUUUUUUGCUCCCAAACAAUCUUUACAGUCAUCUGCCCCAAAGACAAUCCAGACACCAGAUACUGCAAGUGUUCUACAAGAGAAGACAUUACAGCCCUCUGCAUUGGAAAGCAAUAAAAAUCCACCUAAACGGUUUGCUUCUGUUCCACCAGUGGCAUCCUUUUCUAGUAUUCCUUCUCCAUCUCAUUCAUCCUCUCCUGGUGUUUCUUCCCCAUCACAUCCACCCUCUUCUGAUGUUUCCUCCCCACCACAUCUACCCUCUUCUGGUAGUUCACCCUCUCCUGGUAUUGGUUCUCCAUCACAUAUCUCCUUGCCAGAUAUUCUUCCUGAAUCACGUCCACUCUUGCCGGAUGUUACCCCUGUGGAUAUUUCUCCUGAAUCACGUCCACUCUUGCCCGACAUUUUUCCUGAAUUAUUUCCACUCUUGCCAGAUGUUUCUUUUGAAUCAGGUCCAUCCUUGCCCGUUCCACCUCCUGAACCAUGUCCACUCUUACCAGGUACUCCUCCAGAAUCACAUCCACCAUCAUGGAGUAUUCCUUCUCCAAUUCCUUCUCUAUCACAUCCACAUGAUGCACCACCUUCUGGCGUUUCUGCUUCACUACAGGAGGUGGAUCAGUUGAUGCAUGACUUCGAUCUACCACCAUAUGGACCACCACCCCCAAGAGUGGACUCUCCAUUUAGUUCUAUAACUGAGGCUGAAGCUCAUUAUUUGAAAGAAGAGCAAGAGAGAAGGCAAACGCGAGGAAAAACUAUAUCAUAUACAGCAAUGUUGAAAGGUGAGUGA